AUGUCAACGAGUAGUAAUAUAAAUCAUCGAACUGACAGCGGUUUAAUCAGGCAAGACCAUGCCUCAACAUGCAGCACAACUAGGGUCAGUCUUAAAUGCAGUCCACAAACCGAUCAGUCAUGUUCCACAGCAACCCAAAGCUACUACAGCCAUCGUCAUCGUAGCGUUGCCUACUUUUCGGCGCCUAGCACACAAAGCAUAUCGCUUGCCCUGCGCUGCCUUUUCCUAUUGCUUUGCUUCGCCGCACUACACCCACCAAGUGUACUCGCGCGUUCCACAUCAGCGCGUCGCACUGCUAAGGCCGCCAUAGUGGCAACACCACCUGUCGCCGCACCACUACUUGGCAACGCCGCUUCAUCCGCUUCCCUGCUCAACGCCACGACGGUGACGUCGCCUUUUAUGUCUGAGUACGAAAAGAACUCGCUCGAUUUGAGUAGCACAAAUAAACCAGCGCCUGCUGUAGAAAGUCGACGCGCGCUUAAAUUAGUCUUUCUCAACAAUGCCACAGUAGCUUGUAAUGAUGGUUCGCGCGCUGGCUUUUAUUUGCGCAAAAAUCUCAACUCGAAGAAAUGGAUUGUAUUCCUGGAAGGCGGUUGGCAUUGUUACGAUAAGCGAUCAUGUCGCGCGCGUUGGUUGCGACUACGCCAUCUGAUGACGUCAGCGCAAUGGCCUGAAACGCGUGAUGUUGGUGGCAUACUCUCACCGCUGCCGAAUGAGAAUCCCUAUUGGCAUAAUGCCAACCAUGUGCUCGUACCAUACUGCAGCAGCGAUUCAUGGUCGGGCACACGCGCCACAAUCGAUGAGACAGCCGAGUGGCGCUUUAUGGGCGCUACAAUAAUACGACAGGUGAUUGCCGAACUAAUACCACUCGGCUUGGGACGCGUACAAGGUGCGGAGCUAUUGUUGGUGGGCUCAUCUGCUGGUGGCUUGGGCGUUAUGCUUAAUUUGGAUCGCAUUACCAACUAUCUGCAGGUGGAACGUAAAUUAAUGGUAACAGUGCGCGGUGUAAGCGACUCAGGUUGGUUUCUAGAUCGCGAGCCCUACACGCCGGCUACAGUCGGCUCUAGUGAUGCAGUGCGGCUGGGUUGGAAAUUGUGGCAAGGUUCGCUGCCCGAAGCAUGCAUCAAACAGUAUCCAGCGGAGCCAUGGCGCUGUUACUUCGGCUAUCGUUUGUAUCCGACGCUAAAUGCACCACUCUUCGUCUUCCAAUGGCUCUUCGAUGAAGCGCAAAUGCGCGCCGACAAUGUAGGCGCACCAGUCACACCGCAACAGUGGAACUACAUACACGAAAUGGGUGGCGCCCUGCGUUCUUCCCUGGACAAUGUCACUGCCGUAUUUGCGCCUUCUUGCAUCGGACAUGCUGUGCUUUCGAAACGCGAUUGGAUCAACAUAAAAAUCGAUGAUAUUUCAUUACCUUCGGCGCUACGCUGCUGGGAGCAUUCUACGCGCCCGCGGCGCCGGCGACACAACAAUAAGCAACAAACGCAUGUGGCGCUGCCUGAGCGCCGGCGCCAUCGCCCCGAACAGCAAACGCCGCCUAAGCACCACAGACACACACAACAUAAGAAUAGAGUAGCCAACAACAACGAGCCACAAAAUGGGGCACGCCCGCGCUUGACCAAAGUGGAGCGUGAAGAACGACGUCGCCUACGUCAUGAACGUCAACAAAGGCGGCUACGCAAACAACAACAGCGAAAUCGCAACAAGCAUCGCAAUCGUCACGAACAUCGACGAAAUGAAGGUGCGGCGGGCAAGCAUAGUAACAAUUUGCCGCCUAACGACAACACGGACACAGCAGCGUUACAGCAGCAGCAUCCCAACAAAAAACAACGACCCAACAAGCAACACGCGAAUGGAGGUGCUGAGCGCAAGCAGCGUCCCGCAGGCCAAAAGUCGCGCAAGCAACGCAAAGAGCAACGACAACGGCAACAACAAUUAAAGGUACAGCACACCGGCAAAUUUGCAGGCGAACUGCAACACGAACAACCGCUGGACGAUGGAGCGACGCAGUUAGAGUUGCAAAAAAAGCACGCGCGCAACAACGCUGGCAACAGCGCUGCACAUAAUCGGGUACCACGUGUACCGGAGAAAUGCGCGCUGCGCCUGCUCGAGCGGUGCAGUUGGCCGCAAUGUAAUCACUCCUGCCCGAUGGUCACCAAUCCGAUAACCGGCGAGGAGAUGCGCUUUCUAGAGCUGCUUACCUCUUUUGGACUCAACAUUGAAGCGGUUGCGGCAGCGCUCGGUAUGGACAUGCAAACGCUAAGCAACAUGGACCGCACCGAGCUGGUUAAUAUGCUGACGCAGCAAGCGAGCUGAUCGCUGGUGUAGUGUAAAUAAUCUUGGUGAUUUACAAACAUAUAGAGAAGGAAUUGGGUGUGAUGUAGGAAUGGUCGUUAAAAGAUUUAUUUAUUGUACUUUAUGUAAAUAUUCGUUAUUUAAGCAGAAAUUUAGUGAAAGUUCAAAUUAUUACCGUAAGGUUUGAAAGCAUGUGAGAGUGCACCACAGGAAGCGUGAAUGAAAGCGCGUGCAAUGUAUACAUUUGAUUGUUUUUUUUUCUUUUUAUAAAUUUUGAAUAUCGUUUGUGUACAUACAUUUUGAAAAACUCAUUGUAAAGUAGUUCAAUAGUUAUUUAAAGACAAAAUUAACACCCAGUUGUUAGGCAAAACUAAUUUAUUGGUUAUUUUUAUAAGUUAUUUUAGUUUAAUUUUAGUUAGUCCCAUUUAGAUGUUAAGUCAAAUCCGUUGCCAAUAUUAGCAAACAAAAAAAAAUAGUGAGUUCGAGAUGGUAAUUAUUUGGAUAACAACCAAAAACAAAUUUACGUAUAAAGUUUCAUUGAUCUAUUCGUUUCUCAACAAGU